AUGCAGUCAGGCAUCCCUCCUUUCCAGUUACUCACUAAUCUCCAAACUCACUGGUUGGAGCCCCUCACUGAGAAGGUCCAGCGAACGCCGUUCAAUACGCCGCACAAGCAGUUUGGGGAUUUAUAUAAACGACGUUCUCGCUCGGAGGAUACUCUGGUCCUCUCCUGUGCGACCCUAUCACAGUUACACACUGAUGAUCUGAAGACCCUCUGGGAGCUCGUGGACAGCAUAGUUGCCGAGGCUGGUGAUGAGCCAAUACGAUGGGCUCAGCCUAUUCCGGAGGGCAUGGUGGAGGUCAUCCGGCACGAGUUACAUCCAUUACAUCGGGUGAUACGGAAGUACCUGGCUGAUAGAGAGAAGGCGACGCCCUCCAAAUGA